AGCAGAGAAUAUAACAACCAAGCGAGGAGAGCUCCCACAGCAAGAAUUUGGGAGAAAAAGCAGCAGCAGCAGCUGUGUCCUCUGUCUUUGAAGCACUGAUCAACAAAGCUUGGCCUUCCUGUUGAGUGAAUAACAAUUGUCAUGAGAAAAUCCUUGGAAACCUGCUGGAUAGCAAUUCUGUUUAUCCUGCUGCUGAGUGAUGACUCCCUUUCCAGAAAACCAAGGGUCAGAUUCAGAUCCGGCUGGAGGUUUUCUCCCAGCAAAACAAAGGUUGGAUCCGGCAAUUUUGGUUCCUUCCCCAGGAAGCCUGCUUUCAGAAGGCCUAAUUUCUCCUCCAUCAAUUUUGGUUCUAACAAGAUUGGGUCCUUCAGCAAACCUGACCUCUUUGUAAACGUGCCUGAUAUCUCUGAAAUCAUGCGUGACUCCGCCCAGAAAAUGCAUGACCUCCUUCAAAGAGUGCAUAGCUCAUCCCCAAACAAAAGUGGCUCCCCCAAAGGAAACAACUCACACAACCCUAUUGACCACCAGUACAAUCUGGCCUACUCGCAAAAUUCUAACCUCUUCACAAACAUGCCUAAUGUCUCCCAAAUCAUGCCUUAUUCCCUAAAUAUGCGUGACCUCCUUCAAAGAGUGCAUGACUCCUCCCCAAACAAAAGUGGCUCCCAGACAGGAAGCAACCCCCACAACCCUAUUGACCACCAGCACAAUCCGGCCUACCCGCAAAAUUCUGACCUCUUCACAAACAUGCCUAAUGUCUCUCAAAUCAUGCUUUUUGCCCAAAAAAUGCGUGACCUCCUUCAGAGACUGCGUGACUCCCCCCCAAACAAAAGUGGCUCCCCCACAGGAAAUGACCCCCACAACCCUAUUGACCACCAGCACAACCCUGCCUACCAGCAAAAUACUGAUCAUGUCACAAACAUGCCUAAUGUCUCCCAAAUCAUGUUUUCUUCCCAAAGAAUACGUGAUCUCUUUCAAAGAGUGCGUAACUCCUCCCGGAACAAAAAUGGCUCCUCCUCAGUCAUAUCUGGCUCCCCUACAGGAAAACCCCACCACCAUCCACUUUAUGUCCCGCACAGCCCUAUCUACUUGAAAUAUUCUAACUUUUUGAAAAACAUGCCUAGUAUCUCUGAAAUCAUGUCUGGCUCUCCCCAAAGAGCACGUGAGCUCCUCCAAAGAAUGCGCAACUCCUUCCUAUACGAACAUGGCUCCCCCACAGGAAACUACUCUGACAACCCUGUUUAACCUGUGCUCAACCUUGUCUACCCACAAAGCCCUGGCCCACCACAAAAAACUGGUUACCCUUAAAACUCUCCUCUCCUCAAGUAAAACCCCCAAGUAUCCAGCGCCUCCCCCUCCCCCACAAAACCUUGGUUAUUCCAUAAAUAUUGGCUUCCCUAGCCAUAUAGGAGGAGGCAGUUGGAGCCAUUAUGACAGUAAGCUAUAGAAUCCUAAGAAACCCCAAACGAAGCAUUUGGCAGCAUCAGUUGUUUCCAGAGCUGUGAGCAGUUACUUCUUGAGAAGGACCACAUCCAGGGCUUUUUUUUCAGCGGGAACGUGGUGGAAUGGAGUGCCGGAACCUCUUGAAAAUGGUCACAUGUCUGGUGGCCCCGCCCCCUGAUCUCCAGAGGGGAGUUUCGAUUGCCCUUCAUGCCACUCAGCGGCGUGGAGGGCAAUCGAAACUCCCCUCUGUCUGAGAUCAGGGGGUGGGGCCACCAGCCAUGUGACCAUUUUCUCUGAGGGCAACCCACUGAGUUCCACCACCUCUUUUCCCAGAAAAAAAGCCCUGACCACAUCUAAUUUGUGUUUUCAUUUUCACAACUCUGCUGAGGAAUGGUGGUGGUACCCACAAUACAACCAGCCCAUUUGGGGGAUGUCUGUGAGAGGCCACCAGAACCAAAUGGCCAAUGGGAAAGAAAACGCAGUUGUGACUCAAGUGGUGUAUGAAAUGUACCACUUGUCAGGCAUUGCAAGAGGAGGCGGUUGGAGCCAUUAUGACAGCAAACCGCGGAAAUACCCAAGCCAGAGAUGCUGCAAGUGAUACAGUAGUAAGCACUAAAAAGGGAGUGAUUAUUGACCCUCUCUUACAUAGUACCAAAUCAAAUUAUAGUUCAUUUUAACAACUCUGGUUCUAUGAAAAUAGUAACAAUUAUUUCGACUGAGUUUACAGCCAGCCUUUUUCGUCAGAUGUCUUUGUGAGAGACUGCAUGAAUAUUACACUGGAGAAGUUUAGGGAGCCCACCUGGAAUCAAACAGUUGAUGAAACGGCAGGCAGAGCUGUGAAACGAGUGGUCCACAAAAUAUGCACAGAACACUACUGGCUGGUGUCAGGAGGUCAGCUGCUGGAGGAGGUCCCUGGAACCAUCAUGAUAACAAGCCACAGAACUCUAAAACAGCCAAACCCAAGAUGCCGUAUGUGGAAGGAGAAGCUGCUGCAUACGUUACCGUUGCAGUUACUGGCAGUAACAGCUUGGAAAGUGCAGCAACUCACACCAGCAUUAUAAGGUUGACGAGGAAAAGUUCAGUUCAGGCAUUGUUGUACGUCUGGCCAACCCUUCGCUGCUUCCGAUUGACACAUUUGCCUUCUGUUUCCUGACACACUGAAGUCACACAAAAGAUGAAGCUUCUAUGUUGUGCUUGAUCUAGCUAACAAAGAGGAAGCCUCGAUGUUGUUAUCUAUCUAGCCCGUGUUCUGAAGGAACAAGAUAUAUGUAGUGUAAAUUUGUUUGUGGAGAACAUAUUUUUGCCUGCGCACCUGUUUUGUGGAGUAACAUUAAGAGUUUUCACCUCUGCUACAUAUUGGCUGCCAUGUUUACUAAUUUCUUUUAGGGCUGUGUUUGAUUGUAUAUCUUGUGAUAUAAAAUAGCUUGUAGGAAAGAAGUAUUUUCAAUACAAAAUGGCACAGUAUGAAAAUAUGACCCCUCCCCCCAUGAGCUGGCCAGAUCCAUACUGGGCCUGCCUCUUUGCAUGGUUACUCUUUGGGUUUCUGUCAUGGAUCCCCAACGUGAUUUGAGUCCAGUGGCAUCUUAGAGACCAACAAAACUUUCAGGGUGUAAGCUUCUUCAGAAGGAUCCCCAACACGUCCCUUAUAUUUCAUUGACACAAUAGAUUUGUUCAUAAGUAAUUCUGUGAAAUGAACAUGAAAUUGGAAGAUACUAAUGAUGACUGAAUCCAGAUAAGUUAGGCAACCUUUACUUGUCUAUCAUUUAGGAAAAUUAUUUUUUCUCCCUCUUUGUGAUGUCAUUGUAGGCACAAUGGGAUCCAAAUGCCCCAACCCAAAAUACUAUUUCUUAUAAGUGUAGCUGCUAGGGAUUGAACCUGGGACCUUCUGCCUACAAUGCUGUUGCUCUAUCACUGAGCUUUUGGCCCUCAACAGGAAUACACAAAGCUGCCUUAUAUUGAACCAUUGGAGUAUCAAGGUCAGUAUUGUCUUCUCUAGAAGCAGCUCUUGAGGGGUUCAGGUAGGAUCUUCCACAUGGCUUUUUUUCUGGGAAAAGAGGUGGUGGAACUCAGUGGGUUGCCCUCAGAGAAAAUGGUCACAUGACCGGUGGCCCCGCCCCCUGAUCUAAACUCCCUUCUGUCUGGAGAUUGGGGGUGGGGCCACCAGCCGUGUGACCAUUUUCAAGAGGUUCCAGAACUCCGUUCCACCGCAUUCCAACUGAAAAAAAGCCCUGAUCUUCCAUAUCACCUGCUAGUUGAGCUUUUUAACUGGAGAUGCCAGGGGGACUGGAUCUGGGACCUUCUGCAUGCAAAAAAUAUGCUCUACCACUGAAUCAAGGUCUUCUCAGAAUGUAUUUACAGCUCCAUGAACAUCACCAUCUCCUCUGGAGUUGUUAAGAUAAAGAGCUGGGUGUCAUCAGCAUAAUGAUGACAUUGAACCCCAUACCCCUGAAUAACAUUUUAGCAGUUUCAUUUACCUAUUAAACAUGGGAGACAAAACUGCCCCUCAAGGGACCACACAAGAUAACUCCUACAAGCAAGAAAUAUGGCCCAACAGCUUCACAUUCUGAAAUGUUCCAUAAAAGGAGCAGAACUGCUAUAAAGUUCCCAUCUCCAAAUCAAAAAAAAAAAUUCAAAGGAAUUCCAUGUUCAGUUUUAUCAGAAGAUGACGAGAGGCCCUGGAGAUUCAACAGAUCUCAUCCCCCUACUUUCUUCCCACGAUGGUAGACCGACAAUGUGAACAAAUGGUUUUAGUUUUCAACACAUUCAGAAACCAGUCCAAAAUAGAUUUAGGGAGCCCUAGAUCCACAUUGUUAAAUUUGCUGUUGACUUAAUUUUGUUAUCUUAAAAAGAACUAUUACCUUUGAUGAUUUAGAAGGUACCAUAUAUGUUUUAAGGGCAGUAAGAAGGAUAACCUUCCAUAUAGGAAAGACUCGGAACUACCAUCUACAAAAGAACGGAUUUAGAGACUGGGACAUGGUGUUUAAGAUCAAGGAAAAAGAGAUACGUGUUUGUUCAAAAACAAAACAAAACAGAAUAACAAGAUGCGGGACCAAGUACUAUCACACAGAUUUUGUCAGAAUCAUGAUUGUGGGGCUGGUGUGUGUGUGUUCAGACCCCAUACUUUGGACAAGUUUCCUUUGGUUGCCCCUAGCUUGAGACCCCAGAUAUGAAGAGGGGAGGGAGUUCCUGUCACCUGAUUCCUCCUCUUCUACUUGGCCUUUUUCCUGAGCCUGUGGGAGAGAGUUCUCAUUGACCUACUUAUUCUCACUGCUGCUGCAGUGAGUCACACAUGACCAGUUGCUCCUCCUGACCUCUCCAGAGAAGAAAAGAGGCCAGAAGUGAAGCUGACCAAUCAGGUGGCCUUUCCCAGCCCUUCACCAUGUUCCUAUCCCCUGGACUAGCAGCAGCCACUUGGGGUCACAGGAUCAGGACCUGAGCAGAACCAGAGCACUGUUCAUUGGAGUGGGUAUGCCCUUCUCCCCUGCUGGAUGGUGAUGAUGAGUAUCAGUGAGUCUUGUGCUAAGCCUGGCUUGGGAAGGGGAGGGGGCUGAUCCCAGACAAUGAUUAACUGCUCCAUUGAAUACUUCUAUGAUAUUCUAGUUUUAAUAAAACACUAGAGGUGCAGAAAACACAUUAUGCUGUAAACUGUCCCAUGAGUCUGGACCAGGUGUCUCUUGUCGUAUUAUCAUUCCACAUAAAGUAUGUCACAUAGCUGUGCAAAAAUGAGGCCACUAGGCACCCAGAUUGUUGUGUAGCUGCUUGAAAGAAUGCAUUAUGACCUAAUUAAUAAUAAAGGUGUGAUAUUUUUAGUAUAUGAAAUAAUGCUUCACUCAGUAAUGUGACGGCUGUGAGUGACACACUACCACCAUCUUCUGGAUAUUGGAGGGAGUGAGAAGUAAAGAAACUGCAUUUAACUCCAAGCCAUUGAUGGUCUAAUGUCAAAUGUUUGUCUAGGCGCUCCCCCAAGUCAGGUCACCCUCAUUUUCUGGGAAUUCAAUGCUUCCCAGAUAUGUAUGGGCCCUAUGUGGAUCAGAGCCAUGGUAUGUGGGAAAAGAGGGCUUGGACCUUCCCUCCUGUACAGUUUUUUUCUGACCUGAAACUAUCUCAAGAAGCAUCCAGUUUCCUGAGAGGGGAAACUAAUGUAUCACCCAUCAGUACACGUCAGUUUCCUCAAUGGGGGGUAAAUAAUAGUUUCUUGGGCCCUUUCAGGUCAGCAAAAUAGUACUGGUGUCACAUAUCCAAUGACUUUAAGUAUACAUUGUCACAGGGUUUUGUUCCACUGGAAUGCAGCGGAACGAUGUUCCGGCACCUCUUAAAAAUAUCCAUGUGACUGGUGAGUAUUUGGACCCGAAACGGCCAGGAUUUGGCUGCUGCUGGGUGGAGUGUUCCCCCACAUGGAAGCGGCCCGUUCUAGGCAGAUUUGGGCCCGAUCCAGGCAUUUUGGGCCCAUUUUGGCCCAAUUCGGGCCCCAAAUAGCUAGGAUCAGGCCACUGCCGGGUGAAGGAGUGUUCCCCCACAUGGAAGCAGCCCGUUCUAGGCUAAUUCGGGCCCUGAUUUGGCCCAAUUUGGCCCGAAACGGCCAGUAUUGAGCUGCUGCCAGGCAGGGGAGUGUUCUUCCACAUGACAGCAGCAUGUACCAGGCUGAUUUGGGCCUGAAUAGGGUCUCCUGCGGAGCAUGGGAGCGCUCCCAGGGUGGCAACGGCCUGCAUGAUGACGUCACUUUCCAGAAGUGGCGUCAUCAUGUGGGCCCGGAAGUGCACGUGCACUUUGCAUGCGCACAUAUAGUACCCAGUGAGUUCCACCACCUCUUUUCCCAGAAAAGCAUGAUUAACAUGCGUAUUCAUGUUAAUCAUGUAUGUUCUUUGUAGUUUCUAUACCUUUGUAGAAGUUCAGUAGCUGGUAAGGAUUAAAGUGCAGGAUUGCCCUUGACUUUGAAAGCUUGUUAGUGCAGCUGAACAAAAUGUAGAUUUAUUGUUUUUUAAAUUGUGAACAAGUGUCAAACUUUCGUUCUAUAACUUUGCUUUGAAAAAUUAAUAAGUUUUAUUAAGGUGUAGUUUAAAUGAACCUGCUGCUUUUUUCAUAAUCAUUUUGAGGACCAAUCUUUUUUAUCUAGAGGACAAUGACCUGUUAAAGUUAGAAAUAUUUAUCUUUGCUUCUGUUACUUUCUCUAUAAAAAGUGUCUUGCAAAAGGCUAACCUGUCAGGAUUUAUUUGGCAGCUCAGUCAGAGAAGAUUUAGGUAGGAUUUUUGUGUUUGUUUUGCUUCCAGGCUUUGCAUAGCACUCUGAAAUGGUCAUCUAAAACCUGACUUUCCUUAAACUUCAUGUAUUUAGUUAAAUUUGAAAAAUGUUAGGAGAUUUGAUUUUCAUUCCAUGCAUUUUUUCAGUAGUUAUUGGAUCAAUUCACAUUUGUAUUUGUAUUUGCGUUUCCAAUUCUCGCCUAAUAAAAAAAAAUUGUCUUAUUUGAA